UAACCUUCCUCCUAUAUAUACAACCCAGUCUCCACCUUCUCAAAUCCUCAAAUUCUUUCUUCUUCUUUUUGAAAACCUUUUCAUUGUUCAUUGUUAUGUAGGUUGUAUUCUUGGUUAAUUUGCAUAUAUCAUGAGCAAUAUCCCAAGAUCUCUCACCGACUCUUCCUUAACCCUUUUCAUUCUUGCCAUAUUAUCAGCCUCUGAUCCCUGGCCUUUCUCUCUUGUUUUCUUAUAACCCUCAAUUCCACAAAUCCAAAGCUUGCUCAACUAUACUUAAAGGUUCUACUAGCCUUCUUGGUUUUCUUUUCAACGAUAUGGGACUUGGCAGCGGUGAUCAUUUGAUGAGUUUUCAUUUGCACAUACCUCACCUCCACCUUCACUUUCAUCACCACCACCACCACCAUGAGAAGAAUAAGGAUCAGAAGGACAACAUCCCAAAAGGUUGUUUGGCAAUCAUGGUGGGUCAAGGGGAGGAGCAAGAGAGGUUUGUGAUCCCUGUGAUCUACAUCAACCAUCCACUCUUCAUGCAGUUGCUGAAAGAGGCUGAAGAAGAAUUUGGGUUUGAUCAGAAAGGACCUAUCACUAUACCCUGCCAUGUGGAAGAGUUCAGAACCGUUCAAGGCAUGAUCGACAGGGACAAAUCUCAGCACCACCACCACCACCAUGCUUGGUGCUUCAAAGUUUGAUUCUAUAUAUUAUUAUUGCUGAGGAAAAUUAUAUUAAUCAUGUGUUUACAUGACCAUUUUUUAUGUAAUUUCUUUUUAAUUUUCCUCAGCAGCAAGAAUGUGGUGUGGACAUGAUAAUGACGAAAAAAGAUUGAUCUGAAUUUGUGUUGUUUUUUGGUAUAAUCGUUUGAUCAGUGGAAGAUGAAAUGAGUAAUUGUGAUUGUGAUGUAAAUUAUUUGUCUAUUCAUGGUUAUUUUUUGAA